AUGAUCGGUCUACGAGCAUUCCAGCGUACGGCUGCUUCGCCAGCUAUCCGACAGCACGUUCGCGUCCAGCGGAGGUUCGCUUCGGCCCAAGCGGCAGAGGACAACGCCUUCAACCGCGAGCGAGCAGCAGUGAAGCAGCACGCUGCUGAGUCUUCUGACCUCUGGCGCAAACUCUCCAUCUACGUCGUCAUUCCCUGCCUCUGUAUCGCCGGUGUCAACGCGUGGCGCCUAUGGAACGAGCAUUGGGAGCACAAGUCGCACGAGCCACCGAUGGAGGAGAAGCCAGAGUAUGCUUACCAGAACAUCCGGACGAAGAACUACUUUUGGGGUGACGGGGACAAGACUCUUUUCUGGAAUCCCAAGGUCAACUACCACAAGAAGGACGAGUAA